AUCGUGUGAAUAAAGUAUCGAAAGUGGAUCAUAUCUUAAUUUUAGAAAAUGUAAAUUAUAAGAGAGAUAACUGAUUAAGGUACAUAUGUAUAUUUGACUAUAUUUAGUUCGUUUUUUGUAGGAAUUUUCAUUUUUAUUAAUACACCUACACAAUUGCGUACAGAACAACGAAAACACUAUUCGAUGAAUUUUAGAACAUUUUAAAAUGAAAUAUUCUAUUGUCUCCCCUUUCGAUUUUGAUAUUGCUUGAUAAACUCAAGAAGCACGAAGAUUUCAACUGUUUUGUUUGCGAGUAUAAGAAGUAACUCCAUGAUGACCCUAUAAUUGGGAUCUGAUACAUUCGAGAUGCUUUAUCUGAUUUAACUUAGACGUAUUUUAGGUCGUAUUUGACGAUAAUGAUUGUCUUUCUGCAUCAGAAUUUCUACUUUGCAAACUUUUUGUUCAAUUUAGAGAUUUAAAAGUUUUGCUUUUCGUUAUGCUAGUUUUUCAAUUUUUUUUUGCAUUCUAGAUGGAAAAUAGUAGAGGAUAUUAAUAUGAUAUUAUGCUUCCAUUGUUCCUUUCUCAUUAUACUAAUUUUAUUAUACUAAUGUAUAGCAUUAGAUAAAUAGAUGGUAUCGUUUGCGCUAGCAUUUAUUGAUGUUUCUUGUUUGUGACGUUACUUUGUACAGUCGUGGUCAGAAAGGUUGUUCGACGUUUUAUGAUAAACGGAAAUGCAGUUUAUCAUGCGAGAUAUUAUAGCUUUUGCUCACGUAUAUGUGCAGUGACGCAUUAUUAGAGCAAAAGAAUUAUAUGUACGAAUGUCUAUGUAAUGAUACAUACGAAUAUUCCGAAAACUUAUUGUAAAACGUCGGACAAUCUUUCCGACCAUUACCGUACAGUACUGUGCAUUAAUCCAGUUCGAGUAAUAAUUAAGGAUGGACAAAACUUACUUGAUUAUUUAAACAUAGCAUGCUUUUUGAUGAUACGACCCGAACCGAAUUAAUGCAUCGCGCUGUAUAUACAGGAUAUAUCAUUUUAAUUGACCACCCCCAAACACUUUUUUAUUUGUGGUUUUAGAAGAAACUGCUUCAGACAAAAGUUGUUUGGUUUGAAGGAGAACACAUUAUAUUCCGAUGUGUGAUAUUAUAUUCCGAUGUGAUUUACGUUGUAGAUGUCGUCGUGUUCAAGAAAUUUCAAAGGCGAAUUUUUUAAAAGGCACUUGAUGUUUCCUUAAGAUAAAAGUUGUAGUUUUCGUCUCGAGAUGUUUUCAAAAUAUUAUAAUAAUGUAUUUAUUAAGGAUAUUUUAUUAUUACGUAAAAUGUUCGUUGGCACUGUAACUUUCAAGCCUCAUAACUCGGAAAAUAAUUUCAUAAAGGACUUAAGAAGAAAAUACUUUAUUAUCACAGUGUUGUGAAAUCGUCCCGAGGUGUAAUGUAGGGUCAUGAUCACAUCGUCGCGAUGUUAUUAAGAAUUUUACCUGGGCGAUCGGGUGCAGUUAUACAAUAAGAAAUGUAACAACUAGGAACGAAAAAAGCUCUGAACAAUUACUAGAGUUCAGUAAUUGAAUUAUUAGAAAUUACUGAUGUACAGUAAUUUUCUAGUAAUUAUUUCGCUUAUAUUACUAUAAGGGAUGGAAUAGAGUGGAUGUAAUGGAUGAAAUGGGCUAGAAUAGAAUAGAAUGGAAUGGAACUUUCAAAGUGUCAAACACUGUGUAAUAGAACAUCUAAAAUGACGGAAGUUGAAGAAUGGAUGUGGAAACAUUACACAAAAGAAAAUCCUGACACAGUAAAGUGUAAUCGUUGUGAAGAAAUUUUCUCUAAUCACGCUAGACUGCAAAUCUUAAAGUAUCACUUAUACGAUGAACAUGAAAUAACAGAAUUAGACGAACAUCCAGAACGUGACAAAAUACAGCAAAACUAUAAAAUAACAUGUCUAACGGCAACGUGCAACCAUUGUAAGAGAGAAAGUAAUUUAGCAAUUAAUGGCGUGCAUAAUUUAAUAAUGCAUUUAAAAAUUAUUCACUUGGAUAAAUUAAAGAAGAAAAAAAGAUCAUUUAUAUGGGACAAGUUUGAUGAAAAUGACGACAAAGUGAUAUGCAAACAAUGUAAGAAAACGUUAAAAAUAAAAAAUAAAAGGAAUCCAAUAACACGUUUAAAUCGUCAUCACUUACUGUAUUGUCGGAAGCAAAAAGUAUCAGUAUUGGACAAGUUCGAUGUAAAGGAGAACAAGGCAAUAUGCAAAGUAUGUGAAAAAAUAAUAUCAAUAAAUAGUAAAUGUCCUAGAGUAAAAUUAAAGCAACACUUAUUUUAUUGUCGUAAUGAGAAGAAACUGCCAAGACCAUCACAAAUAUGGGAAAAAUACGAAGACAAUGGAGACCAUGGAACAUGCAAACAAUGUGGAAAAACAAUAAAAAUCAAUUCUAAUAAUCGGACAGUAAAUUUACACCAACACUUGCGUUACUGUCGGCCAUUAAAUCACGGUUCCCAAAGUGAAAUUGAGCGGAAAAAGUCUCAAAGAACAUCAGAGGUAUGGGACGAGUUCGAUGUAAAGGACGACAAGGCGACAUGCAAACAAUGUAAAAGAACAAUAAAAAUAAAUUUUAAUUACUCAACAUCAAAUCUACGCGAACACUUGUAUGAUUCGUGUGUAUAUCGCGACUUAAAUCUCGAUCACCUAAGGAAAGUUCAAUUGAACAAGGAACAACACAGAUCAGAAAUAUGGGAUAAGUUUGAUACCGACGGAGGGAGUGCGACAUGCAAACAAUGUAACAAAACAAUGAAAAUAACGCCUAAGAAUCGAAUAUCAAGGUUACAAAAUCAUUUGCGUUUUUUUUGUCAUAAUGACAUAAAUGAAUAAUUUGAAAUACUAAUGGGUUUAAAAUAAAUGUAAUGAAAUAAUAUUUAAAGAAAGAAUGAGAUAAUAUAAUGGAAAUAUACAGUUAUUGCAAAA